CGAAAGCAGCACGUGUGUACCCGGACAGUACCAGGCCCCGAUUCGUGUUCGGUUCUGAUCAGAGUCAGGCUGUGAUGGGGGACCAGAGCCGGCUGUGCUCGGUGUGGCUCGGUUCGGAGACCGGGAUCCUGAAGGGGGUCAGCGUGACCCACAAACGGGCUUUUAACUUCUGCAACACGCGCGAGCUGAGCCGGGACCAGGAGAUCCGAGUCUUGUGCUGGGGGGACACGACCGAGACCGAGCUGUUAGUCGGAAGCGUGGACGGAACCGUGAAGACGUUCAGCACCGAGAAGGGGAUCUUCACGGAGGUUCGGCGCUGCGGAGACCCGGAGGAGGGCUGCUUCACCGGACUGGAGGUUCGGAACGGUUCGGUUCUCACCUGCGUGGACUCUGGGAAGCUGCGGGUCUGGAAGGAGGACUCCCCCGAACCCGUCUCGGAACUGAACGCGGGGAAGAACGUCUGCAAGAUGCGGCAGAACCCUGUGCAGCCGAACCGGGUCGGUACCGGAGGGAAAGAGAACGGCCUGAAGAUCUGGGACCUGGAGCGGCCCGACACCCCGGUGUUCACUGCCAAGAACCUGCGGGACGACUGGCUGGACCUGCGGAGACCCCAUUGGGUCCGGGACCUGGCCUUCAUCCAGAACAGCGACAAGGUGGUCACGUGCACGGGUCACCAUCAGGUGCACAUCUUCGACCCGGCGUCCCCUCAGCGGCGCCCCGUCCUGGAGGCGGAGUUUGGGGAGCAUCCUCUUACGGCGCUGUCCCUGCCCGCGUCUGGCAACUCGGUGGUGGUGGGAAACACCCAGGGUCAGGUGGCCCUGCUGGACCUGAGGAAGGGGCUGGUCCGAGGCCGUCUGAAGGGGUUCUCGGGGGGCGUGCGGGCCCUGCAGUGUCAUGCCUCCCAGCCUCUGGUGGCGUCCUGCGGCCUGGACCGCUUCCUUUGGAUCCACAGCCUGGAGGACCGCAGAGUGCAGCACAAGGUCUACCUGAAGUCUCGGCUGAACUGUGUCCUGCUGGGCAGCCAGGACCUGCAGGGGGGAGGGGAGGAGGGAGCCGAGGGGGAGGUGAAGGAGGAGGCAGAGGAGGACGACGAAGUGUGGGACCACAUGGAGCAGGUAGAGGAGGAGACAACGAAGAGGAAAUCGUCAUCAUCAGGAGGAGGGCAGAAGAAAAAGAAGAAAGACUGAGAGGCGUUUAAGGAGAUUGGAGAGCGUGGGAUAUUUGGCUUUCAGCGGAGACAGACUGAAACACAUAAAGUUGUAAGCAAAAAAACAAACAAAAAAAAAGGUUUAAUAUCUCAGAAAUCUGAUUUCUGACCUCGCCCUUUUACCUGAAGUCAAAUAGUUAUUUUUAAUAA